AUGUCUCUGCGUCCUUCCACUGCUCCCCUGCGUGCCCCUUUGCCUUCUCCUCCAGCGUCCUCUCUUCCUGACCUUCCUGACCCUGAGUCGGACUCCCUUCGUGCUGCGCGUCCUACUGUCACGCGUCUCCUUGCUACUGUCGUCACUGACCCUUCCUUUGAGUCUACUGCUGCGUCUGCUCUGGUUGCUGAGCUUGUCGACUUUGCUGCUGUCUGUCGUCUAGACUACGCCGCUAGUCUUGUCGCUGAGUCUGAGUCUGUCUGUCCUCCGUCCGUCGGGGGUGAGUGUGCUCUUAGCACGGACGUCCUUGAGGACAGGCAGGAGGAGUUCCAGUGUCUUGCUGCUGCUGUACCCCAUCUCGUGGCCAUGCUGCUUGCCCCUGAGGGAGACCCGGAUGCACUUGACAUCCCGACUCCGCGCUCUUACGCGGAGGCGAUAGAGGGUCCCUACUCCUCUCAGUGGCAGGCAGCCAUGGACGCAGAGAUGGCUUCCUGGAAGUCCACAGGCACCUACGUUGACGAGGUUCCCCCGCCUGGGGCGAACAUCGUCAGUGGCAUGUGGAUUUUCAGGGUGAAGCGGCCGCCGGGUUCUCCGCCUGUCUUCAAGGCGCGUUACGUGGCUCGUGGCUUCAGUCAGCGGCAGGGAGUUGACUACUUUCAGACCUUCUCUCCCACCCCGAAGAUGACCACUCUUCGGGUACUGCUGCACAUAGCCGCUCACCGAGACUACGAGCUGCACUCUCUUGACUUCAGCACUGCCUUCUUGCAGGGCAGCCUGCACGAGGAGAUCUGGCUGCGCCGCCCACCUGGCUUCACUGGGACUUUUCCUCCUGGCACCCAGUGGAGCCUUCGGCGGCCAGUCUACGGUCUCCGCCAGGCGCCGCGUGAGUGGCACGACACACUGAGGACUACACUUGCGGCUCUUGGGUUUGCUCCUUCUACUGCCGACCCGUCGCUGUUUCUGCGCACCGACUCUUCCUUGCCGCCGUUCUACAUCCUCGUGUACGUCGACGACUUGGUCUUUGCUACAGCUGACACUGCUGGACUUGCCUACGUGAAGUCCGAGCUGCAGAAGAGACACACGUGCACAGACCUGGGUGAACUGCGCAGCUACCUUGGCUUGCAGAUCACCCGGGACAGAGCACAGCGCACCAUUACCCUGACUCAGUCACACAUGGUGCAGCAGGUCCUUCAGCGCUUCGGCUUCACGUACUCCUCGCCUCAGGCCACUCCUCUGCCUACACGCCACUCGCUCUCAGCUCUGCCUUCGGAUGAGUCCGUAGAGUCGAGUGGCCCGUACCCAGAGCUUGUCGGCUGCCUCAUGUACCUGAUGACCUGCACUCGACCUGACCUUGCAUACCCUCUUAGCAUUCUGGCACGCUAUGUUGCUCCUGGGAGACACAGACCAGAGCACAUGGCUGCAGCGAAGAGGGUGUUGCGCUACUUGUGCAGUACGUCGGGCAUGGGGCUUGUGCUUGGAGGGCAGAGUCCAGUGGUCCUCACUGGUCACGCAGACGCUUCUUGGGCCGACGACCAGGCUACGCAGCGGUCGUCACAGGGUUACACCUUCAGCCUUGGUUCCGGCUCUGUUUCGUGGCGGUCUACCCGCUCGUCUUCUGUUCUCGGCUCGAGCUGUGAGGCUGAGAUCUACGCAGGGGCCAUGGCUGCACAGGAGCUACGCUGGCUCACCUACCUGCUGACUGACCUGGGAGAGCCGCCUCGUUCUCCUCCAGUGCUGUACGUCGACAACAAGGCCAUGCUGGCCUUGUGUCGAGAGCACAGACUGGAGCACAGAACAAAGCACAUCGCUCUCCGCUAUUUCCUUGCUCGUGAGCUGCAGCAGCGUGGUCAGCUGUGCCUUGCUUACGUGGCCUCUGAGGCCAACACUGCUGAUAUCUUCACCAAGGCACUCGCGCCUUGUGAUCAUCAGCGCUUCUGUACUCUGUUAGGUCUUGUGCCUACCUUGCCUCACUUGCUUACUUCUUGA